AAAUGGCGGAUGUGAUCGGCGCUCCAUUCUUCCAUAGUUACUCCGUUAGGAUGUUUUAGAACGAUUAAAAUUUCUGGUUUUUGUUUGAAUGCCAAGUUAGUUGUCUUAACUUUACUUGAUAAGUGUUUUUUAUCAAUAGUUAGUUCCCCUCUCACAAUCCAGCUCAUUAGAAAUUGUGAACCACCCUUCUGCUCUUGCCGGUCAUUCGGUUGGGAGGAGACGGACCACUUCCCUACACUCAGGGAUUCUGUAGCAUGGGUUUUCUUUAGAGGAUUAGAUGAUUUAAAUGGUUUUUAAAUGAUUCACAUUACUGGAUGAGUGAAUUUUAAUUUUACAAGUGACAAGUGCAAAAUUCAUAAUGGGGAUCCAGGAUCUUCAAACAUUUCUUGAAAGUGGUGCCAUACCUGAGUCUUGUGUUGGGGUGGAUCUCGUACGAAUAGCAAAAACCGUAACUCAGCGCCUUGCAAAACAGGCACAGAAAAAAGGUGGAAGCCCGUUAAUGAAAUUCAGUCUUGUAGUUGAUGGAGAAUGCUGUUUGGAUCGUCUUUAUGGUGGUUUCUUCUCAGAUUGGGCAUGUGGAGGACAGUGGAAUCGAAUGGUCAGUUUUCUUGCACAGUUUGUAACAAAUCUUCAAAAGGCAAAUAUUGAUUUAGUAGUAUUUUUCAACGGCUGUACCGAACCUCAGCGAAUGGCAGAAUGGAUACAGACACAGCAAAAAACAAGGACGAAGGUCAAUCAGGUUUUGAAACAUGUGACCACCAAAGGUACUCCCCCGCCCAAGGUUUGGUGGACGUCUCCUGUCUGCCUAAGGACAGCAAUCCGCAUGGUACUGAGGCAUCUCAACUGCCAAGUCGUCUGUACCAUGGACGAUCACAAGCAGGAAGUGAUUGCAUACUGCAGGGAGAAUAACUAUCACGGUUUGAUCGCUGAUGAUGCAGAGUACGUUGCUUUUGAUCCUCCGAGGUACUUCUCCGCUCGGCAACUGAAACUUACAUACAAGGGAUCCCUCGAGUCAAAGGAAUACAUCUUGGGAGAGUUGUGCAAGGGUCUCGGCCUAUCCUCAGACAAACUGUGUGUGCUGGCUGCACUGCUAGGCAACUACAUACUUCCUGAGCAUGAUCUCAUUGAUGUUUACAAGAAAGCCGGCAUCACACAAAUGCCAGGAAAGAUACCAGGAGAUGUAUUAGUCAAACAGUUGGCAGAAAAGGUCAAAGAUCUUCAGAAUGUGGAUAAUAUUGAAGACACAGCCAUUGCAAUCCUAGGAUCUUCCACUGACCCUAGGCUAUCCAAACUAAAGCAGAGCAUUCAGUAUUAUUUAGAUGGCACUAAAGAUGGAUUCCUCAGAUAUAGACCGUCAACAACAGUCAAAAGGGUUCGAGGAAACAAAUCCAAGAUUGAUGGAGUGAAUAGCAUCGAGGAACAAGAACCUGAUUUGGAUACUUCAAAACUUGCCUCAGAAACAGCUGAGAGUGAGCUUGACAGUUUAACGAGGUACAAGGAGGCCACGGCUGUUUUGAACGUACGACCCGAAAUAAUUAUCGAUGAACCAAUUCUGAAAGAGAACCAAGAACUUGAAUUGUGCGAUCCCGAAAUCCCUCCGCUGAACGGAAGCAGUGCCAACGGCCGGCAAAGCUUGCUCCUCAGCUCUAGUAGUUCUAGCAGUUCAUCUAAUGCCACGUCACCAGCCAGGCUCACCCCGGAAGUGAAGAAGGUUAAACAGAAGUCCAGCAAGUCUGAUGACAGCAGGAAGACAGACAAGGUAGUCAUCGAGUUGCCAGCUGUUCCUCCAGAAGUGAUGAGGACUGUGAGUGAGCGACACAACAAGGGACUCAUGUCACCUUGCAUCUACCAGAUACUCACCCAGGGUGAAAUAAAAUUACCAGUCGUAAUGGAAGAUGAAAGCCACAAAGAGAUUCCAAGCAUCCACCACUUCUACCGACCCGUGCGCCAGAUGGUGUACGCAAUUCUGUUCAACCUGCACCACCACACUUACAUGGCCACAAGGAGCAAGGAUAGCAAACCAGAUUCCAAACCGCCAGAUGUAAGAAUCAAGGAGUGGAUCUGGACCAAGAGCAACCAGUACCAGCGAGCUGAUAUUGUACCUGCUGAACAAAUAGGAUGGGGCGUCCCUACCAUCCAGAGGCUGUGGUUUGGCACAACCAUUGAUGACAAACGUAGAAGACUCAGAGCUUUCCUGACUUGCAUGCGCUCUGACACUGCCUUGAUGCUCAACCCUGACUACGUCCCACAACAUGUGCUCAUCAUGGCCACUGUACUCAGAUACAUGAUGUCAUUCCCUGAGAAAAAGGUCUUAAGAAAACCAGAACUGGAUGCCUUUAUAACCACUGCCAUCAUGCCUGAACUUAUGAAUGCUGAAAUCAACCAGGAGCUGCAGUUACCAGUAGUGAGCAGCCGUGGGGUGCAGCUGGCCACCAUGUUUAUGCAAGGUGUAGAGACAGCACUCCUGGUCAAUGACGCAUGUGGAGCCCCUGUACCAUGGCUCAUGUGCUGUCCUUGGCUGUUCUUUGAUGGGAAGCUGUUCCACCACCAGCUGUCCAGAGCCUCGGUAGUCAAGAACAUCAUGGAACUGUGCAACCAUCGUGUCCGCAUGGUCAUGAAAGUGGAGAGAAUGCGUCAAGCCAUCUUGGAAGGAUUGAAUGUCCAGUUUGCUCGUCCUCCGAUGCCUGUUGUGAUCCAAGGUCCAGGACCUAGAGUUCACCCUGGUAUGGGCCCUCCACCACCUCCAAUGGUGCCCCACGGCAUGCUGAGUAACAACCACCCUACAUCUGGUCGUGGGCAACUGCUACGAGGGGGUAUGUCAAUGCGAGGUAUGCCACGUCGUGCCAUCCCCACCAACCAGGGCGGCCGGCUGGAAAUUGCUGGCGUGGUCGUCGGCUCCUGGGGUCCCAACUACGGACUGGCUCACCUUAAUGCCGGCAGAUCCGUCAUGGUUCAGCCACAGGUAACAUCAGUCGGUGUUGGUGGUUAUGGCAACUCAAUGUAUCGAGGAAACAACCGACCCACCUUCAAUCCUCGCAGUCCACUCAAGGGCAAGGGACGUGGUUUCCGUCCACCGACCAAGAAGCGUCUUAUCCCACCACCUGGUGGCAGAAAAGAGCCUCUCAAGAAAACUACCAAAGGUCGUGGAAUGUCAGUCGUCCUCCCAGGAACUGGUGAAACUGUGUUCGCUUCUGACAUUGAUGACAAACAGAAGAAAAUAUUGAUGAACAAAGAUGAAAAGAAGACUGUCGGCAGCUUACUGUCCGGGACCGAGCCAAUGAUCAAUGGAGGAGCAGGUGACGCUUCCUCCGCUCAGUUCGAGGAUGCUUCUGACCAUGUUGACAUUCUGAGCGGUCUCAAUGGCGAAGGUGAUGGGCCAAUGGGAGUCAAGGAGAUCUUGGCUGCUGCCAAAGGCGACAACUAAAUAGUCAUUCAGUGAUGAAAACGUGCACGUGUGAUUUAGACUUCUUAUUUUGUGCGUGAUUUUUGUAUUUUUUUACGUUUAGUUGUAUGUUUUGAGACUAAUAGUGAUAUGAACAUUUUAUAUGAAGUUUUGAAAAUCUAAUGACAACUAUGAAACAAGUGCGAUUAUGUAAUUGUGCUAUUGUGAACAAGGAACAUUCCGCGAAUGUUCUUGCGACAUCCACAUACUAUUCUCAAGAAGACUGAUCAACAUAGAAAAUGGAACUUCAGACAUUGACUGAUAAAUCUUCAAGUGAUAUUUUUUUAUUUGUUGAAGUCGGUUUGUAUCCUAAGCGGCAUUCUUUUGUUAUUUGUUUUCUAGCCGCAUGAGACUUAUCGAUUCGACGAUUUUAUUUACAUAAGCGACGAAACGUGUUGAUUGUUGAAUCAACAUAAUCUAUUUUUCUAAUAGUUUGUUAUUAUCAUCAUGUUGUUGAAGAGAAAGCAGACACAACGCAAAGUGUUCUUUAAGUUAGUCGAAAUGUGAUAAUGCCAGGUGCAUGUUAGCUUGAAGAUUAUAUAUCAUUUUUGUUGAUGUUAUUCUUUAUUUAUUAAUAGGAGAUAUUCAAAUUUUUGUACUUCUAAUAAGAUUAUCCGUUAAUAUGCAGUACAUGAUUAUUGUGUUUAUAUUUAUUUACACUUUUAACAGUAUAUUUUAGCCGUUUGUUUAUGUGAAUACUAUAGCACAUUGUAAACAUUUAUUUCUAAAUUGUGUGUUGCCAUUGCAAACUGUUAACUCGAAUAAAGACUUGUUAUAUAAUAUAAUCUUCAUGUUAAUUGAAUGGUACGGUAAAGGUUGGUUGGCUGUAAGAUUGUCAGGCCAGAUGAAAUAAUUAUAGGCUUGAUGCCAUUUUCUAUAGAUAAUCUUCAAUAGAAUCAUAGAUGUAACCGAUCCAAAAUAAAGUUUAUUUUGGAAGUAAUAUAACGACUCGGGCAUUAAAACCCCCAACUGGGAAAGAUUCUGACAGAUGCUUGCUCAUCUAUCGUGACUUGUUUAUUUCAUAUAACUGUGGAAUAUUGGAGAGCGUUCUUUGUCAUACGAAUAACAUUUAUCGAAUGUAAAACCCAUGAUUCAUGUAGGCUAUGGAUAUUAAAAAUGACUAAAUCAUCUUCAUAGGCAGAACAUACAUGUAAUGUGUAAAUUCAGGGACAGAUGACUUCACGAUGCAGUAGUGUAUUUGAGAACUGUUGGUCCAUUUUUAUCAUAAAUAUAAAUUUUUAAAACAUGAUUAGCGAGGGACCCACUGAUGCAUAGCAAAUUACGACUAAAAAGAGAUUCUAAGCUCUUGUGACGGUAGAAUGCUACCAUCUCAUAACUCGAUUUGACCUAUAUAAAAGUGGAUGCAAAUAUAAUACAUUGUUUAGUUUUUAAGAUAUCAGAUGAAAUCUGUUUAAAUGUUUUCAGCUUUGAAAAUAAUAUGAUUUCUGUACUCUCAGAUAUAAUGUAAGUUAGCGUUUUAAUACACUGUAAUGUUAUCCUCGCUGCAUAAUAUGUACGUAUAUCUAUAUAUUUAGCAGAAAGAUAGGUUUUUCAUUUCCCAAAUUUGUUUUUUGGACCCUCUUAAUUUUAGUUAGUUUAGAAUAGUAGUGUUUUGUUUUAUAGCUUUUAACUCAUUCGGGGAAAAAUGUGGUAAACAUUUCAGAUUAAAUUAACCUCUGUGUUUCUAUCAUAGAAAAAACAAAAAGAAAAAAAAAUCUCAUGUUCUUUUAUUUUACGAAUAACGCUCUUAUAUUUGUAAAGUAUGAAAUGUAUACAUACAGUUGUGUUGUCCGAUCAAUGUAAAUUAUUAAAAGAUUCUCUUACAUUUUGAAAUAUAAAUAAUAAUAGUAGUAAUAUCUGUACAUUUUUAGUAAAGGAAGUGUAUGAUUACUAUCAUGAAUGAGUGUUUAAAAUUCACGAAUGUGCAUACACAUUUUCAGUCUGCAUUUUGCUGGCUUGGUAUUUGUAAAUCGCAUAAUAUAGUUAUGAAAUUUUAUGUUGAAUGAUUAUGAAUGGUUUUGAAACGUGUAUAUUUUUUAGAUUAAUAUUUGUUUAUGUAAGCACUACAGAGAAGUGAGCUAUGUUUUAUGAUGUCUAAUGGUACAUACUUGUUCUGUACGCUGUACACACGCACACAUGUGUGUGACUCUUCUCAGUGGGUCCCGACAGUUCUCAACACACUACUCGACUGACAUGUCCCGAGCCGACAGAUUUAUUUCGUUCACACGAAGUAUAUCAUAUUUUUGAAGUAAUCAGACAGUGUAUCAAUGUGUACACUGUUUUGUAAUUGUUUAUUUUAAAAAGUUAAUGUAAAAUGUGUGAGUUUUCACCGACAACAUUUUAUGCAUUGUAAUCAUAGCACUUAUUGUUCUUUAUGCAGUUUCUUUCAGUUUGUUUUAGACACCUAUCGUAAUGAAUUUAGUCUUAUGAGUGAGAGGAGCAAAGUAUAAUCCAAUAAAUAAUUUCUUUUGGUUGUUCUUUGAAAAUUAAAGUUUGCUACUCUCAACUUCAAUAGCAGUUUGUGUGAUUUACUACUUGAAAUGAAGAAUUUUAAAAAUUAUUCUUUUUGUGUUAAAUUGUCAUUGUCAUUUCAAGUAGUACUUGUAGUUCUUGUUUAAAUGUCUUUUGAACGUUGAAUGCAAUUUUUUAUUUAAAGAAAUGCAGUUUUGACAUAAUUAAGCACUUAAAAAUUCAGUUAUUCAUAUAUUAAUCUUUAAACAUUUAAAUUUAAAACAAUUUAACUAAAUUUGGUUUUUCUAAAGGGUUGACUUAUCUUAUUUUGGUUUGUGUUCAUGGACAGUUAUGUUUAUUUUGAUUAACAACAUUUUGAUUUAUUAUGUAAUAAGUUGCCUGGUGUAUUUCAGCCCUUAAGUAUAAUUAAUAUAAACUGCUUAUUGUUGUUUAAUUUAAGGAUGAAACUAAAUCUUACUAUUAACUUGCUUCGAAGAGGACAUAUUUACAUUUAUAUAUAUCCACUUCUUGUAACUGCUUUAUGUCUCAAAAGAAUUCCACAGUUUUUUUUUAAAGUUUUAUUUAGAUAACAUUUUUGUAACCUGUUACUUUCUGCUUUGGUCAGAAAUUAUAUUUAAUGUAUCGAUUAUUGCACAACAAAAUACAGUUUGAUCAGAAAAGAAAGUUUUGGUUGUUCUUAGUUAAAAAAAAUAUUUAAACAAAUGGAAUGUGAAAUUUUUUGUCUUUAUCUUCUGUGGUAACAUAUAAUAUUGUGGAAUUCUCAUAAAGAAGUUAGUCUUUAUCAUUGUAUUAUGAGUGUAGUUUAAAAUAAUGCUAAAUAUGUAACCGUAUUUUGCAAUUGUAAUUUUAUGAUAAGCAUAACUUAAUUUGUAAAAUUAUCUUUAUUUUCAGUUAAGAACAUUUUGGCAAAUCUAUUUUUAUUUUCCGCUCUCCAACUUAAUUACUACCUUUUUUUUACCAAGUGCAGAUUCCCUCUCAUUUACUAGUGUUCAGUAUGCAAAAUUAGUUUGUGAGUAACAUAAUUUUAUUUUAAACUGUUAAAAUUAUAUCAAAAUAAUAUAUAUUAUAUUUAUCACUACUUGUUAUCCUGUUAGUUGUUCUAAUACAUGGUCUACAUUUCCUCAUAAGUAAUGUGUUAUGAAUAUUCAAAUAAUUUGAUGAUAAAAAUCAUAUUCUGUCACUUUUAACAAAUAAAUAACAGUAAUAUUCCUAAUUUAAGGUUAGAUAAGCUUCGAAGAUAUAGUGUUGGAAAGAGAAGGCAACAAAAGGUUUGGUUUAUAACAGCACCAGUAUUCCUAAACGAAUCGAGAAAUUUAUCCGUCAACAACUGAAAGAUGUUAACUCUAAUUAUUGUCAAUUGGACUUCUAAGGAUGUUAUUGGUGCUGUAAAAAGUAGAAACUUUAAGAAGAGAUAUGUUUGCAGCUGGCUAGCGAAAGAUUUUGUUCGAGUAAUACACUUUGAAUAUGUCUAA